AUGUCUACAGACGGAUACAGGAACAUCAUCCUUGUCGGCGGCAGCGGCUCCCUCGGCAGCGUCCUUCUCAAAUCCCUUCUCUCUGAGCUCAAGUUCAACGUCACCGUGCUCACACGAGAGUCUUCCAAAGCGCGCUCCAGCAUCCCCUCAGCAGCCAAGGUCAUCACCGUCCCUGACUCCUAUUCCCAGGAGGAACUUGUCAAAGCGUUCGAGGGCCAGGAUGCAGUGGUGAACGCCAUCACCAGUUUCUCCGUCGCCGAGCAGCUCCGUUUCAUCGAUGCCGCUAUCACGGCUGGUGUCAAGCGUUACAUUCCGUCCGAGUACGGGCUCGAUAACAACACCCCCAAAGCGCAGGAACUAGCCCCCGUCUUUAAGGAAAAGGGUCUCGUGCAGGAGUAUCUUCGGGAAAAGGAAUCAAGUGGGUUGACAUGGACUGCUAUUGCUUGUGGAAUGUGGAUUGGAUGGUCCCUCCGCAACAACUUCCUCGGAUUCGACUACUUAAACCGCACCGUAACAUUCACCAACGACGGAACCGGCUACUUCUCCACCACCACGCUCAAAAACACCGCAUUAGCCCUAAACCGCAUCCUCCUGAACCCCAGCACCACGGCCAACCAAAUCAUCUUCACCAGCGACUUCGCGAUCACGCAAAAGGAACUCGUUGAGACGAUCGAGCAUCUCACGGGCGAAACGUGGCAGCGAAAAUCAAUCAACACAAUCGAGGUCAUUCCGGUUCUGCAAGCGGCGUGGCAGAAGGGUGAAGCGUAUGCGGGUUAUGGGUUGAUUAAUAUUGGGUUUACUGAGGGGUCGUAUAGUGGAUACUUUGAGCCUACGCGUCAGAUUCGGAAUAAGGAGCUUGGGCUGCCUGAGAAGACGAUUGAGGAGGUUGUUAAGGAGGCUUUGAGGGAGGUUGGACAUCCGGGAUUUUGA